AUGUAAACGACAUCAUUCUGGGAAGUCGUUCGUGGAAUGCGCACCUUCCCUAACACCCCCAUUACAAAUCUCUGUAUUUCAGGGUUGAAGAUUCACACAUUGAAUUGAAGUUUGGAAAUUUGACACCUACCCCACACCAUCAUGGCCUGCAUCGACAAAUUUUGGGUUUUCGCCCUCGCUCUUCUCCUCCUCGCUUCCCCUCUCCUCCAAGUUGCUAGGUGCCAGUCAGACUCUGAUGAUGUAGUGGAGGCUGCUGAAGAAUCAGGUGAUAUCGGCAUUGUUGGUGAUGAUGUCCAAGACUUUGGUGAUGGGACUUUCCCUUCUGCUCCAGGAAUUGAAACAAUAAGUGUAUUUCCGAAAAAUAGUGCAAGAUUGAUAACAGCUGGAGAAGAGUCAGAGCUGCUUGUUGGUGUUAAAAAUGAUGGGGAUUCAAGCUUGAAUGUUAUUGCGAUCAAGGCUAGUGUUCACCUUCCUUUUGAUCACCGUAUGCUGGUUCAAAAUCUUACUGCACAGGGUUUUAACAAUGGUUCUGUACCAGCCUCAGCACAAGCUACUUUCCCUUAUUUAUUUGCAGUCAGUAAGUUCUUGCAGUCUGGAACUUUUGACCUUGUGGGCACUAUCAUAUACGAGAUAGAUGAACAUCCAUUCCAAAGCACCUUUUUUAAUGGCACUGUUGAAGUUGUUGAAUCUGGUGCUUUUCUAAGCAUGGAAUCUGUUUUUCUUGUUACUCUUGGGGUUGCACUCCUUGUCCUCCUGGGGCUAUGGAUUCAUGGUCAAAUACAACACCUAUCUAAGAAAACAAAGAGGGCGCCAAAAGUUGAAGUUGGGACUAGGACUACUGAUGCUUCAACAGAUGAAUGGCUGCAGGGAACUGCAUAUACUCAGUCUAUGUCAAGCAAGUCAAAGAAGAAGAAGUAGAUAAGCAAUUUCUCACGUUCAGCCACACACAAGACUCUAUCAUGGAUAUGGAAUACAGAAUCCUGUAACAGACUAGGUUUGAGUUUGAGAGAGCACGAGGAAGUAGUUGUGAAAUUUUGGCUGAAGGAUCUAGCUUUUUGUUGUAGCUUAAGAAUUUUUGCUUUUCUCCAUUCGAAUGUAGUUGAACUUUUUCAAAACUAACAGGGAUUUGAGUUAGGAAGGAUACAACUUUUGAGAUGUGGCAUAAUUUUUACUAGAUAACGUUUAUUCUGUGUUUGAGGGCGAAUUUGGAUUUUUGGUUUCUA